GAUUCGAAGAUAGAAACGUAUCAGAAGAUGUGGAGGUUCAUGGAGAANAAGGAUUCGAAGAUAGAAACGUAUCAGAAGAUGUGGAGGUUCAUGGAGAACAGGAAACCGUCAGUGUUCGUAGACACUUACGAAGAAGGGAUCCGACGAGUGUUGGAUGGAAACUACGCCUUCCUCAUGGAGUCCACCAUGUUGGACUACAUUGUCCAGCGAAAUUGCAAUCUCACCCAAAUCGGCGGCCUUCUCGAUUCCAAGGGAUACGGCAUCGCAACCCCCAGAGGGUCUCCCUGGAGAGAUAGGAUAUCGCUGGCAAUCCUGGAGUUGCAGGAGAAAGGCGUGAUCCCAAUGUUUUACAACAAGUGGUGGAAAAACUCGGGUGAUACUUGCAACAAACGCCAAGACCGAGAAAAGGAGUCGAAGGCCUCUGCACUGGGUGUCGACAACAUC